ACUCUAUCACAUCCAUUGGGCGCACUUAUUGCCAGGAACUUAUGGGUUCUCUGCAUGGCAUGCCAACAGCGAAGCCAUCAGCUAUCUACUUGCAGGUAUGGCUAAAAUGGAGCGGGCGCCGAGUGGCUAAGCAACAAUUUGAACCCUACGCAAUAAGAGGUAGACCCGCGCAAGCAGUUAUAAUCCGUGCAACAAAAAAAGGGCUGGUCUCGCUAAUUCCUCUCGAUCCUUAAUGUCCCCCGCACCUGUCAGUCUUCACGAUUCGCCUGGCAUCACAAACCUAGUGCUCGAAGAUGCUCGAUUUGCUUACGAGCAUACUUCUUUCUCCACGUUGAAUUCUGAAGGGAUAUCGAUUGCUGCAGAAGUUCUCAAUGAUGUCAUGAUUCGGCAGGAAUACUCGCCUAACGUCUGGAGGUCUGAGCCUCUCCAUCUGAUCCCGCCUCCUUGGAUUCGAUCCGCAGAGGACCCAUUGGCCAGACCAACAUUGGAUUGGAUUUUUCUCGUCUCAGCGCUUAAUUUUUCGUUCUGGUCUGAAUAUGAGGGAAGCGAAAAACGUUUUGCCGUGGAUUGGAGAACUUCUUGGGAUCCAGAUUCUCCUGAAAAGUCUUGGGACGGAUAUUACAGUCUACUUGCGGCCCUCAAUCGUGCUCUUGAGGAAGGAAUACCGAUAACGGACCCUUCAUUCUACGCCUCCGAAACCAGCUGUCCUGAUUCGCUCAUUGAAUAUGUGUUCAGAAAGUCAUCAGAAUCCGUCGAAGACAUGCCGCUUCUUCAGGAGCGGAUCCGCGUCAUGCGAGAAGUUGGCUCCAUACUUUGCGAGCGUUUUGGUGGAUCGUUUCAGGAAUUCAUUGUUGGAUACAUCAAGCGGUUCGGGAAGGAGCGUGAUGCUAUAGAUGCUGUCAAGAUGGUUGUGGACACCUUUCCAGCGUUCCGGGAUCAGACAACUUUCAAGGGUCGCCAAAUACGCUUUUGGAAGCGUCCGCAAAUACUCAUUGCCGAAACUUGGGUUGCCUUCUAUCCGGUAGAACCCGGCAUUCCGCACCCAAUAUUUCCGAAAGGCGUAAAGGGAUUGACGAUGUUUGCAGACUAUCGCGUGCCACAGAUCCUGAACCAGCUUCAGAUGCUAAGCUAUGAUGAAGAUCUCAUUCGCGUUCUCCAGUCCCAUCAAUACGUAGAAUCUGGCUCAGAGAUGGAGAUCAGCAUUCGGGCAUCAUCCAUCCUAGCCGUCGAGGCAUUGAAAACCGAAAUUAUUCGCAUACGAAAGUUGGAAGCAAUUGAGAAUGGUUCGACGUCUCAUCCUGCCUCGGAGAUCACCAGCGUCAUUCUUGACUUCUUCUUGUGGGAUCUAGCGAAGCAGGUGGAGCGAGGCGAAGUUCGUUUGAGAGCAUAUACAGAAAGCAACCCUGCUCAUCGAAUUCGGUGUAUUUGGUAUUGAUUCGUUCGUUCGUUCGUUCUUUAGAUAUUGUAUGUACAUAAAAAAAAAUAGAAUCGUGUGGCGCAAGAUCAGUGCGUCCAAAACUGAUAAACCAUCCGCAUGUUAUUAUACCCUUCCUUGUAAUCCCGGUCCCACGAGGCGCCCGUGAAAUGGAUUAAGCGCGAUUUUUUUUGAUGCAUACUGUGACGGUGACGUGACGAUCUAUACUGAUUUACAGCUAUAAAUUGCCAUAAACCCGAGUCCUUUGCGGUUUAACAUUCCACGCUUUACACAAUGGUAGAACCCGGCUCAUUCGACUGGUACAGAGAAGAGCUACAGCGUGCUGCCGAUGAGCAUGUCUUUGGUGUUGCCACGGUUGGCAGAGUCAGGGAAUACACCGAGGACGAGAAGGAGAUCUUGGGACCAAGCGCCGAGGUCCCUGUAAAACUCUUGGAAGGAAACUCGAUCAUUGUGAGGCUUACACAACAAGGGUA